UUCAUAUAAUCACCAAUAUCUUCAUGUUCCAGAUUGGCUUUAUCCUUCAACAGAAGCACGUUUAUCUAAUAAACAAUCAGGACCAUUAGGCAUGGCAGAUUGGCUUUAUCCUUCAACAGAAGCACGUUUAUCUAAUAAACAAUCAGGACCAUUAGGCAUGGCAGGGUGCGGCGUGGAAACCUGAAAGAUGUUAAAACGGCGAAGCGCGCUCUGUAGGCGAGAUAUCGAACUCGUUCGACCGAGGUUCGAAAGAGGAAGAACAGACAAUAUUUUUCAGUUAGUCAACGAGCACCAUGGGUGGCUGGAGUGCCGAGCAUCGCGCGUUCGCUGUAGAGCGGUUUUUUCGUAACAAUUCGUACACGGUAACUGUUCGUGAGUUUCGUAAAAAAUUUCAAAUUGCGCGUACCAAACCAGUUUUUUCUGACAAUACCUUGAGGUUAUGGGUUAAAAAUUUUCGUGAGACAGGUUCUGUGUUAAAAAAGAAACCUCCCGGCCCUCCCUUGACCGUCCGAACCUCCCCAACGAUCGCAAAAGUUCGUCUCAGUUUGGAAAACAGUCCGAGUCGAUCCGCUCGUUUGCACGCGCAAAAUUUGAAGAUAUCGGAUCGAACCUUGAGGCGGAUUCUUCAUGAAGACUUGAAUUUUCAUCCAUAUAAAAUUAUGUACACCCAACAGCUCAAAGUCGCCGAUCAUAAGGAACGAAUCCAAUUCAGUCGAACGAUGUUGCAAAAAAUCAAGAGCAGAGAAGUUCCACUCGAAGACAUCAUGAUAACAGACGAAGCACAUUUUUAUUUAAACGGUGAUGUGAAUAAGCAAAAUGUUCGUUACUGGAGUGACGAGAACCCGCGUGUCAUCAACGAGAAACCCCUUCACUCUCCCAAGGUUACCGUCUGGAUGGGCGUUUCCAAGUGGGGCGUCAUCGGUCCGUUUUUUUUCGGUGGAAUGGUAAACGGGGAACGCUACCGAGAGUUGUUAACGAACUUCGUUCGGCGGGAAUUGACGAAGAAGAAGAAACUGAGUCGAACAUGGUUUCAGCAGGAUGGGGCGCCUUGCCAUACGGCGAAUGAAACGAUGACUGUUUUGAGAAAGAUGUUUGGUAACCGCUUAAUUUCGAGAACUGCGUCUCUCUCCUGGCCGCCACGCUCGCCCGAUUUAUCAGUUUGUGAUUUUUUUUUGUGGGGGUAUUUGAAGUCCAGAGUUUACGAAACGAAGCCGAAAGACUUGGAAGAACUCAAGACUGAAAUUCGACGACAUGCGGCCGCAAUUCCGAAGUCAAUGUUGGAAAAAGUGUACGAUAGUUUUGUGAAACGUCUCGAAAAUUGUGUAAAAAAUAAGGUUCCAGAUUGGCUUGAUCCUCUAUCAAAAGCACGUUCAUCUAAUGGACUAUCAAAACCGUAUGGCAUUGAAGUUUCAGAUUGGCUUGAUUCUCCAACAAUAGCACGUUUCAUCUAAUGAACUAUCAGAACCAUAUGGCAUUGCAGUAUUUAUCCUGGGAGUCAAGUAGGAAAACCAGAUUUUACAACAGAAAAUAAACAAAAAGCUGUAUCGUAAAAUGCUAUUAUUUUUGUGUGCUUACAGUGAUACAGAAACAACAUUACAAGUACUAUAUUUACAGAUAACAUCUGUAUAAUAAAAAAAGCACUAAAAGUUUAAUGUUGAAAAAAGGAUAAA